CAAAAAAAGUCUUCGACGCAGGAGAACAAGACCAUUCUCUGAUUUGUAGCUUUUAGCUUGAAGAUUACAACGGAGAAGAAGAAGAUGGAUGACGUUAAAGAUAAGCUAAAGGGAUUCAUGAAAAAAGUCAAUUUAUCUUCUUCCUCUGGCAAAUUCAAAGGCCAAGGUAGAGUUCUCGGAUCUUCUUCUUCCUCUGCACCUGCAUCCGCACCCGUUAACCCGAUUCAUAACCGGUUUAACUCUUCCCAAGCUCCAAAUCCGACUCCUAGACCCAAACCCAAUCCGAAUCCGACUUCAACGCCGUUGCCUGACAAACCCAUAUCCUCUGAUCAGAAGAUUAGUGGGUCUACGAGAAACCCGGAUCCUGACCCGGUUCGUGCUCCUCCACAGGACGGAUUCGACCCGUACGGUGCUUUUAUAACGACUUCGAACAGAUCUCAGAACGGAUAUUCUCUGAAUAUGUUCGAGUGUCCGAUCUGUAAAAAUCCAUUCACGUCAGAGGAAGAAGUCUCUGUUCAUGUCGAGAGCUGUCUUGGGAACACUAAUGGAGAAGAAUCUUCACUUGAGAAGGAUGAUAAUGAUAAUGAUAUAUCCGAAAUCGAGAAACUUGUGGUUGUGUAUCUCUCUGGGAAGCCAAGUGAGAGCUCGAUUGAUGUUUUGCUUAGGUUGUUUAAGAACAUAGUUAAAGAACCUGAGAAUGCUAAGUUUAGAAAGAUUAGAAUGAGCAAUGCUAAGAUUAAAGAAGCUAUUGGUGAUGUUGCCGGAGGUGUUGAGCUUCUUGAGUUGGUUGGAUUUGAGUUGAAAGAGGAGAAUGAUGAGAUUUGGGCUGUUAUGGAAGUUCCCGGAGAAGAACAAUCCAAAUUGAUCAAUAAAGUUGUUGGAUUUUUAGAAAACAGAAAGAUUGAGAUGCCUAGAAAAGAUGAUGAGAAGUCAGGAUCUUCAGCUCAGGUUAUGGAACCAGUGGCUCCGAAGAAGAUUGAUAGAGAGAUUCGUGUCUUUUUCUCGGUUUCUGAAAACGUAGCAUCGAGAAUAGAGGUACCUGAUUCGUUCUAUAGUCUCUCGGCCGAUGAAAUCAAGAGAGAAGCGGAUUUACGGAGGAAAAAGAUUGCGGAAUCUCAGCUUUUGAUUCCCAGAUCUUAUAAGGAGAAACAAGCGAAAGCUGCUAGAAAAAGAUAUAAAAGAAGUAUGAUCAGAGUGCAGUUUCCCGACGGAGUUGUGCUUCAAGGUGUAUUUGCUCCAUGGGAACCAACCAUUGCUCUCUAUGAGUUUGUGAGCUCUGCAUUGAAAGAACCAAGUUUGCAAUUCGAGCUUCUGGAUCCUGUGCUGGUUAAACGGCGUGUAAUUCCGCAUACUCCACCCCCGGGACAGAAACCAAUAACCUUAGAGGACGAAGAACUUGUUCCGUCAGCGCUGAUCAAGUUCAGACCAAUUGAAACUGACUCUCUCGUCUACACAGGUCUCUGCAAUGAGCUCUUGGAGAUCAGUGAACCACUCUCAUGAUCAUUUAUAUUCCACAGAAGAUUUGAUUUGAACCGUAAAAAAAAAUAUAUUUAGGUUUCUCUAUUUUUAAGGUGUGGUGAUGAUUUUGUGUUUGUGAUUCGAGCACAUGUUAUCGAAAAAUUGUGUAGUUUGCACAAUAAUAACAAUCAGAUUUGAAGAUU